ACUUUGCUCGAACACACAAAGGCAUAUCGGAUGCAUGGGCAACCGUUACGUAACAUCUUCUCUUAACUGCACUGGCCUAGUUUCAGCGUUUUCAGAUAGCCGACCGUUGUCCGCAUUGACGCAUUGUUGUAAUGAAGCGCAUUGGCUCAAGCAGCUCUACUCAAAGCUUGCUUCGAUUUCGAAUAUGUAGCCUACGACGAGCUCUGUUCUGCAUUUUCUGCACGCCGCUCAUUUUUAUUGUCCUCGUCGGCCGGCGCCAGCUACUACUGGAGGGGCUGGGACGGUCCGGGCCUAAAUGCAUCGGCUGGCGAGCAACAUUGGCUUGCCUUCCCCUCGGGCCUCGUGACCCGGGCGGGGAUCUGGGCUGCGAUCAAGUCGUUUACGGCAGCGCCGGCUACUGCUUGUGCGAGGGGGGCAUCACUACCGCCAGGGUAUCUUGUGGGGAGCACGGUUUUCGCUGUCAAGACAAAUGUGCUGAACUUGGGUGGGAGGUUGCGGAAGCAGCCGCAAGAACAACAGAAGCAGCAACCGCAGCUUCGGAGGCAGGAGCUAAAACAGCGGUGUCGUACACUUCUUCCUCGUAUUCGUACUAUGAUGUGGACGAGUCGGAUCCGUUUCGGUUAACGGGAGGAGCAGCAGGAGGUGCGGCUGCAAUGCUGGCAGCAGCUGGAGGGGAUGCUAAAUUGCUUCCGAAACCGCUCCAGUGCCGCAACCACCAACACCACCACUAUCAGCCGAACCCGCAGCAGCAAGACAACGGUGCUAACGGUAACGUUAGUUACCAUGAUAACGACAGCCUUCUUAACCGACAAAACGAAGAGGAGCAUCAGCAGCAGCAACGACGACGACACCUGAUCGACAAACCUGCCAACAGCAACGGCAGCAGUACGGCAACCGAUGUGGAUGUACGGCAACGCGAUGUCGGCUUCCUGACCCAGAGUGCUAGCCGGGUGUGGGACAUGGUAGACGAGCUGGUGGGGAGACAUGCUCCCGGCGACGAGGUGCGCGUCCCCGGCCCCCGCACUAACAAGGCCGACUGGGUUCUGGAGGGACGACCCGUAAAACCGGCUGUCGUACGGCGGUUAGCGGAGGCAGUGGCGGGCCUUAUGGCGGAUCUCCCGCCGUACCCUGAUCAUAACCCUGACGAUGCUGCUGAUAAUGAUGUUCAUAAGAAGGGCAGUACGGCAGAUCCGGAAAGUACGACUCGAUCUCGGGAGCAGCAGCAGCAACAGCAACAACAGGGGCAGCAGCAGGCGAGGGGCAGUCAAGGUGGCCAGUCGCCGGCUGCUCCCGCCGUGUUUGCUGGGCGGGGUGUGGUGAUGGUUGGGGGCGGGUUGCGGUACCUCACGCCGGCCUGGGUCAGUCUGCACGUGCUGCGGAGGUCGGGCUGCACCCUGCCGGUCGAGUUAUGGUUUCCGGUUGAGGAAUUCCCGCCCGCGGCUCUUGAGGAGCAGUUGGGGCGGGAGUUGGGAGUUCGUUGCAGGCGGUUGGCGGCUCGUGACCUGCCGCAGCGGGGCUUUGGAGUCAAGAUCGCUGCACUGCUGCUGAGCAGCUUUACAGAGGUGCUCUUCCUAGACAGUGACAAUGCCGUACUUCGAGAUCCAACCUACCUGUUUGAAUCUCCGCAGUACAUCGCCACAGGGGCCUUACUGUGGCCCGACUACUGGGUUCGUACAGCAGCACCUGAGGUCUCCCAAAUCCUCAACAUCUCCAACCGCCAACUGCCGUCAGGGACCUACGAGAGCGGGCAAAUGGUGAUAGACAAGGCCAGGCACUGGCGGGGGUUGCUGGUAGCAGCCUACCUGAAUGUGUACGGAAAACUGUUUUCGGAGCUGCUGACGUGCUACGUGGGCAAGGGUGACAAGGAGACGUUUGCGUACGGCAUGCUAGCAGCUGGGGAAGAGUUUUGGACCUCCCCUGUCCCCCCGGGGAGUGCUGGGGUGGAGGCGGUUGUGUGUGACCCCCCAUCUUCCCGGCAUCGUAGGAGAUUGAAAUCCAAAGUACGACAUACACAUGGAACACACCACUACCACCCCCACCAGAGCGGAGGAGGAUGGUGGUGGUGGCUGUUUGGAGGAGCUGGAGGAGGGUCAUGUCACAAGCAGUUUCUGGGAAAUACCAUGGUACAAUACGACACAAAUGGCGCCCCGCUCUUCUUCCACGCCAACUACCACAAAUGGGAUCUUCAACUGCCGGAUUCCUUUGACAACGGUUGGAACCGCCGUUGGCAGUUGCUGCAACCGCACGGCCUGCGAGUGACGGAUGUGUUGUACGGCAAUGGAACGACAAUCGUUAACACAUCGAGCAUUACUCAAGGAGCCGUGAUUGGGGCAGGGUACGACAUUGAGCGGUUCGUGUACAGCGUGCUGGUCUCCCUCCGCUGCGCCCCCUGGUUCCCCGCCUACUACUCUGCGCGGCUGCGGAUGGGCGACCCACCGCAGCCCCCGCUACAGGGCUUCCACCCCUUGCCCGAUUACACCACAUUUAGAGAUUACUACAGGAAGGGCUGGCACGGCAACUUCGCCCCGAUCGUACGGCCCCCGUUGACGCUGAACGACCACCUAACCGCCUGGUACUACGGAGGCCCACGCUGGACCCUACGUCCCUGGGAGCGACGGUUACGUCGUUGGAAAAUGAAGUUGCGGUCGUUAUUGAGCUGCAGGGGUUGAGAUGCAGGUGUCGCCAACGUAGGGUAACGUUGGAACUGCGCGCGCAAGUAUGUGCAAGUAUGUGCGUCAGUGUGUGUUAAGGAAACUGGCCGCGAGUAGGAACGUACUGUGUUUGUGAACGGCGAGUAUUCUGCUUGUGGGUCUUGUGGUAGAGAGGUUUGUGACGGUAUCAGUACUUGUGCUUUUGGAGCGACGGUGAAAAACACUGCUGAGAGGAGAAAGAAAAGCGUGAACGAGACAUGACAUGACAGUAUGACCGAGACUUGCAGCAUACGUGUAUUUUCCAGUCGUUUCCUCACCAAACGAGCACAUGUGUUCCGUGUUACUUCCGGAUAUGUACGGAAGGUUAUGGAGUGAUGGCUGUGCGCGUCCUGAAGGGGGAGGAGGUGUCGAAGGCUUUUGGGAGUCGGCAGGUGUUAAGGAUAUACCAGCAUGGGAAGGAAAGAAGGAUAGGACCGUAAAGAAAGCAGGGUGAGAAGGCACUGUGCAGUGUAUGGUGGGUACUGAAUUAAAGUUGUAGGCCGUACGAGCCCAAGGGUUGUCGUACUGAGGGGGGCAGUAUCGACGACAUUGCAGAGCGUGCGGGCAUGUGAUGAACUAGGUCUGGAAGGGCGUCAGGGGAUUGUCGGAAGAUUUGGAGAAACCCCAACCAACCUUUCCGGAUGUCUGUCAAACCGUUUACUUAUUUGGUUUAGGGAUGCUCUAGGGGAGUAGCAGAGGGGCAGGGAUGGAAGGGAUGCCGUCUCCUUCCACCUCCUUUGGGACUUAAUAUGUAGGAGGAAUACCGGUAGGGGAAGUGCCUUCCCCAUACUGCUCCUACGGCAGUCGGAGUGGGAUGGAACAUGAAGUGUCGUCAGGUGUAUCGUCUGGUGCAGUCUUCCACAUACAGCACCGUACGUACCUUGGUGUACCAUUGUGUUGCCGUACGUCUUCGUACGUAUCUUGGUGCAAAACCAUUUAUGAAGACCACCAACACCAACAAUGUGUCAACAUGUGACCAACAUGGUAACAAGUUUCCUGAAAUGUAAACAAGGUUUCAAC